CGGAUGCCGAACCGAUCGACGUUAUCGGGGGGGGAGCAUCCCGUUACUGAAUUUCUGAGUGGCUAUCAAAUUUCUGCUGCUCCGUGCUUCGAGCCGGCGACCACCACUCCCGCACCCGCCCCAAAACCACCUCAACGGCCGCGCGCCGAAACGACCUCCCAACUCCGCCCCCUCCGGUUCGCGUCUCGAAGACAGCCGGUGUCCUUUCCAUUCCCCCCACUCGACGCUCCGGGGCCCCGACAUCGAUACAACGAACACCGUCAGGUCCAAUUGACUGCGACCAACCCCACCAAAAGCAACACAACACCACCCAACCCUCCCCUCAGACUUAUACACAUACACGAUGGCGCCCCGGCUGCCCGCGCGCUGCUGGAGGCAGCUCUCCCUCGUCGAGAGGUCAGCCACCCACACCACAACCACCGCCGCCGCCAGCUCCCUCCUCCUCGCCGGCCGGACCACACCCACCUUCUCCGCCUCCUCGCCAUCGACUGUCUUUCCCUCCCUCCUCCCUCAGAUCACAAAGCGCGGCGUCAAGUACGGCUGGAGCACGCUCCCGAAGCGCAGCAGGCCCACACGAUUCAACCAAGUGACGCAGGGUCUUCCGGCGCCCACCUCGGGCCCGGCCGCUGCCCUCAAGCGCCGCGAGAAGACUACACCCCUGCGCACCGGCGUGCUCGCUGUCAAGAAGGGCAUGACCGUCUUCAUGGGCCGCACCGGCGCCCGCAUCCCCUGCACCGUUCUGCAGCUCGACCGGGUCCAAGUCGUCGCCAACAAGACGCGCGCCAAGAACGGCUACUGGGCCGUCCAGGUUGGCCUGGGCGAGCGCCGCGCCGAAAACGUGGGCGCCCCGCAGCUCGGCUACUACGAGGCCAAGGGCAUCCCGCCCAAGCAGACGCUCGCCGAGUUCAAGGUGCGCAACCAGGACGGCUUGUUGCCGGUCGGCGUCCAGCUGUUUCCGGACUGGUUCCACGUCGGCCAGGUGGUGGACGUGCGCGGCAUCACGCGCGGUAUGGGUUUUGCCGGUGGUAUGAAGCGUCACGGCUUCGCCGGUCAGGAGGCGUCGCACGGUAACUCGCUGAACCACCGUACCAUUGGUUCCGUCGGUGGUUCGCAGGGCUCCGGUUCGCGUGUGUUGCCCGGCAAGAAGAUGCCCGGUCGCAUGGGCGCGCAGCAGCACACGGUCCAGAACCUGCCCAUUCUGAUGGUGGACAACGAGCUCGGCAUCGUGGUGGUCAAGGGCGCGGUCGCUGGUCACAAGGGUGCGGUUGUCAAGGUUCAGGAUGCUGUCAAGAAGGCUCCUCCCCCGGAGGAGUUUGUCGAGGCCACCAAGCAGCUCCUCAACGAGCGGUUCCCUGAUGCGGAGGAGAAGUUGCAGGCGGCGAGGAAGUUGCACUUGGAGCUCAAGGAGGCGAGGAGACAGGGCCUGAUAGAUUCGCUCAUCAAGAAUGGGCUGACAGAGAAGGCGGAUGGAAAUGCUGCGGUAGAAGCUUCGGCUUAAGAGAGGGGGGCUGUCUCUGGUCUGUAGUAUGUGUUUGUACUAGGUUUAUGGAAGGGAAUGUAUGGUAAAGCCUUCCCGGUUUCUCAUUUUUUUUAGUUCUCUCUUGUAUGAUACACACGCAUCGUGGGGUGUUAAAAUGUACAGCUACCGAAAAUGUAUAACAACUUGAACAUACAACCCUUGCCCGUGAUAGGUUCGUAUGUUCUCUCC